GCGCGGAGCUGGACGUGGUGUGCGGGAACACAAGUGGCUGGUACUCGAUGCCAGCAGGGAGAAUUAUUCGUCGGUGGAGCUCGGUUGGUUGGACACUUCGGAGCAAGUGGGGAAGGAGGAGAGCUAGACAUGUCGCAGUGUUUGGGAACCGAUCAAUUUGUUUAUGAACUUGAAAGUUGACUCCCCCCACGGGCCGAUCGCCAUCUGUCACAUUCGUCGACCUCCAGCCUCUACCCUUCGCCAUUGUUAAGCCUUGCAUUGUUUGUACCAGAAACUCGGCCGUGAUUGAUUCACGAGGCAGUGAAGUCAAAACGGCGUGAACAGAUUUGUCGUUCUUGGAGUGUCUGUGAUGAAGCUACUUGGAGAUGCGGCAUUGCGUGGACUAUUUCGUUCUGUUGCAGCGUUUCUCUAGUGCGUAUUUCAGAAUAUUUUAUUCCGCAGCGGUAGAGUGCGAUCGGAUACUUGCGAAGCUCAAUUUAUUCCUGUGAAAAAAUCUGGUAGUGGUAUCGGUGGAUUUGAGUGCGGAGGAGGUGCUGGUGAUUCGGAGGAAUUGUGCUUCUGGGCGCGAUUUUAUCUUGCGGUUGAGGCUGGUAAGGUGCUCAAUCUUCUCUGCGAGUGCAAGCUGGGGACCUAUUCAGCAAAAUAUAGCGUACUUUUGGGGUUCAAGUUGAGUUGGAGAAUUGAAAGGAGCAGGGAAACUUUUCUUGAAUUGGUUGUUUGGAUUACCGUUCAUUCAUGGACACCGCAUGCGAUGGAGCUGGGAUAGCGAGAACCGCUCGUACUACUAUUGUGAUUCAGUUGUUCUGAAACAGUGUUUCCAUGAAAAAGAUUCAUAUGAAGAAGAAAGAGAUAUCAUCGAGACUGGACAAUAAUCAGCGGUUGAAUGCAUCGCAAGUUGGAGAAAUCGGUGGCGAGAUGAAGUACACAAAUCGCUAGGAGUGAUUAAGAAAUUGAAUUGUUUUCGUGGUAUGGUGAGCAGUGAUCCGAUACUGGAGGAUAGUUGAGGCUUGCAGGCUGAAUUCUAGCACAUCUUGUAAGUAACAAAAGUCCUUAGGACUUUUAGGAGCGAUCCAUGCUCCUUAAAACAUGGCGUUUGAAAAUGAAGAGUCAUUCGCAGCGUCUUCCGUAGAGGAGAAGUACGAAUCUGCUGUCCGCGCCAGGGCAAACAUGGACAGAGACUUUUUAUGCCCAAUUUGCCUCCACACAAUGAAAGAUGCUUUCCUUACUCGCUGUGGACACAAUUUUUGCUACUCAUGCAUUAUGACCCACUUGAAGAAUAGGAAUAAUUGUCCUUGUUGUGCUCAGUAUCUCACGAUCGAUCUACUCAUGCCGAAUUUCCUUCUAACAAAGUUGAUGAAUGAGUUAUCUGCAUCGAUGAUGCUGAAGAAUGCGUCUCCAGCAGAACAACUACGUCUUGCGCUUGAGCAGGACGCGGAUUUGCCUCCUAAGGAGCUAGAUUCUCUAUUACUACUUCUUAAUGAAAGGAAGCAGAAGCUUGACCGAGAGGAAGCGGAGAUAAAUACCGAAAUAAUUUUUGACUUUUUGCAUCGUUUGCAAUUUCGGAAACUGGAAGCGAUGAAGGAGGUUCAGAGUGACCUCCAGUUUCUGAAAGACGACAUAGCCACAGUUGAGAGAAGAUUGCGCUGUCUACUGGCAUCAAAUAAGAGCCACAGCAAAAGAGUUUGCGAGGAAUCUCCGUUGUCCGAUUUAGAUAUUCACACAGAAUACGGUAGUACAAGUACUGGAGGUGCAGUAUCUAUGUGGCGAAGUGGGCAGAGUGGUGCAUAUACUCCACCUGGCGAAGAAAAGUUGAAUAGAGCGGAGAGAAUAAGAAUCAGAAACCUGGCGUACACUUCGGUUAGUACGGAUAUUGAAAAUGAUCCAUCAGUAGACUCUCCUGGUGAAUAUGCAGGUGCACAUAAAAUAGCCAAGAAGCGUAGAGUCCUAGCCCAGUUUGAGGAGUUGCAAGGAGCUUACUUUUUGCGAAGACGACAGAUUGCUUUCAAAGAAUGUCAAAAGCAACAGUCACAAGAAUCGGUUAGCAAAAAGGGCGCUUACAAGGAUUGGGAUACAUAUGAUGAUGGUUUGGAUGACUUUCAGUCCAUUCUUACGACCUAUACUCGUUACAGUCAACUUCGUGUUGUUGCCGAGCUUCAUCAUGACGAUCCUUUCCAACCUUCUUCAAACAUAGUGUCCAGCAUUGAUUUCGAUGGAGAUGAUCAGCUGUUCGCAACUGCAGGCGUUACAAGGCGAAUCAAGAUUUUUAAUUUUGCAACGGUUAUAGACGACGUAGUAGAUGUGCAUUGUCCAGUAACGGAAAUUCCAACACGAUCCAAGCUAAGCUGUCUAAGUUGGAAUAAGUUGAAAAAACCACUGGUUGCUAGCAGCGACUAUGAAGGCAUUAUAGCAGUAUGGGAUGUCAACCGGAGUCAGGUAAAUCGGAGUGGAUUAUUGGCACAGCACAGGACUGUUGAUGUUCCAACUUGGGUUCGUACCAGAAAUAUACAUAGCGUUGUCGAGUACGAGGAGCACGAGAAGCGCGCCUGGAGUGUUGAUUUUUCCUGUAUAGAUCCAUCAAUGAUGGUCUCUGGAAGUGACGACGGCAAGGUAAAGGUUUGGUGCAUUAAUCAGGACGCUAGCGCAUUUAGCAUAGAUAUGAAGGCUAACAUCUGCUGCGUGAAGUACAAUCCCGGUUCCAGCAACCAUAUUGCUAUCGGCUCAUCGGAUCAUCACAUACAUUAUUAUGACUUAAGGAAUCUAAGAACACCACUCUUUGUAUUCAAGGGUCAUCGGAAAGCCGUGUCUUACGUAAAAUUUAUGUCUUCGAAUGAAUUAGUGUCAGCUUCUACCGACAGCACAUUACGAUUAUGGGACGUUCAGACAGACACCUCUGUACAAACGCUUGGAGGACACACCAAUGAAAAGAAUUUUGUGGGGCUUACUGUAAAUAGUGACUACAUCGCUUGUGGCAGUGAAACGAGCGAGGUUUUUGUAUAUCACAAGGCAACGUCGAAACCGUCUUUUUCUCAUAAAUUCAGAUCUUCAUACGCUGAAGACAUUGGGGAUGAUAUUUCCUUUGUUAGUGCAGUGUGCUGGAAGAGUGAGAGCCCGACCAUGUUGGCGGCCAACUCGCAGGGCACAAUUAAAGUUCUUGAGUUGGCUCCUUGAUCUAAUUUAACAUAGUGACUGUCACACAAUGAAGUUCAACGUUUGGCAGGGAAACAAAUGUUUCAAUCUUCGUUUGUAUUCAUUCGUACAAUAGAAGUAUAUAAGUUCCUCGAAUCUA